AUGGCUUUCACCAAGAUGAACCGACUCCAUUGGCAUAUCACAGACGCUCAAUCGUGGCCACUCGUCAUUCCAACUUUACCAGAGCUGUCCGACGCAGGUGCUUACGCUCCAGGACUGGUGUACUCGCCGGGUGAUCUCGCUGACGUUCUACAGUAUGGCAAGACUCUCGGCGUAGAGACAGCUAUAGAGAUUGACAUGCCUGGCCAUACGUCGUCGAUCUGGUUUUCCCAUCCAGAACUGAUCACAGCAUUCAACACACAGCCAUAUGAAACAAACUGUGCCGAGCCACCAUGUGGGUCAUUGAAGCUGAAUAGCACGGAAGUAUACUCUUUCCUCGACACCAUGCUCGAUGACCUUUUACCUCGUGUCGGACAGUAUUCUCCUUAUUUCCAUAGUGGUGGCGACGAAGUCAACGUGAAUGCUUAUCUGUUAGAUGAGACUGUGCAGUCAAACGACACGGCGGUUUUGCAACCACUCAUGCAAAGGUUUAUCGAUCAUGUCCAUGGAAAGAUCCGUGAGUAUGGACUCACACCUCUUGUGUGGGAGGAGAUGCUGUUAACGUGGAACUUGUCGAUGGGCCACGAUGUGCUCGUGAACUGCUGGCUAUCUGACGAGUCAGUCGUAGAAACUGUUGAAAAAGGACACAAAGCGAUCGUAGGCAACUACAACAAUUGGGUCAAUGGUUGA